AACAUUUGCGUUAUCCUCAAAUUAACCGGAUUUAAGAAAAUGUUUUUGUUUGAACAUAAUUGUAAGGUUAACUUGGCUUAGCAACAUGAAAACUAGAGCAAAAGCCGACGUUUGACUAUCGAAACAUUAGUCCUUUCUAUCAUUGAGCCUUUAUUCUUUUGGGAUUUCUGUAACAAGAAACAACGAUGAAUGGGGACAACUACGCUGUGAGUGAGAGAUUAGUGUCAGCAUCCUAUGUUCGGCAGGCGUCCCAAGCCCGCCGUGGACAUGAGCAGCUCAUCAGGCUACUUUUAGAGCAGGGAAAGUGUCCAGAGGAAGGAUGGAGCGAGAGCACAAUCGAGCUGUUUUUGAACGAACUGGCUGUCAUGGACAGCAACAACUUCUUGGGCAAUUGCGGCGUUGGCGAGAGGGAAGGCCGUGUAGCGUCCAGCCUUGUGGCAAGACGACAUUAUAGGUUGAUCCACGGUAUCGGUCGAUCGGGUGACAUCGCCGCCAUUCAGCCAAAAGCUGCUGGGUCUAGUCUACUGAAUAAGUUGACCAAUUCACUUGUUCUGGACAUUUUAAAGCUCUCGGGCGUAAGGAGCGUGGCGAGCUGCUUUGUGGUCCCCAUGGCAACCGGCAUGAGCCUGACACUUUGUUUCCUGACUCUCCGCCAGCGUAGACCAAAUGCACGCUAUAUCAUCUGGCCGCGCAUUGACCAGAAGUCGUGCUUCAAAGCCAUGAUCACAGCAGGUUUUGAACCCGUCAUAAUCGAGAACGUGCUCGUGGGUGAUGAGUUGAGGACAGACUUGGAAGCAGUUGAAUGCAAAAUUGAGGAGCUGGGAGCCGACAGCAUCCUGUGCGUCCAUUCCACAACGUCCUGCUUUGCGCCGCGAGUCCCCGACAGGCUGGAGGAGCUCGCCACAAUCUGUGCCAAGUACAACAUACCUCACAUUGUAAAUAAUGCAUAUGGAGUGCAGUCAUCCAAGUGUAUGCACCUGAUACAGCAAGGUGCUAGAGUUGGAAGAAUUGACGCCUUUGUACAAAGUUUGGACAAGAACUUCAUGGUUCCAGUAGGGGGGGCCAUAAUUGCGGGUUUUGACGACUCCUUUGUGCAGGAAAUCAGCAAGACGUACCCAGGUCGAGCGUCCGCGUCACCUUCCCUUGACCUCCUUAUCACACUCCUCACUCUGGGAGCCAGUGGCUACAAGAAACUAUUGUCGGACAGAAAGGAGACUUAUAAGCUGCUGGCUGAGGAGCUGAAAACGCUGGCCUCGGCACAUGGAGAGCGAUUGCUUGAUACUCCGCACAAUCCCAUUUCACUCGCCAUGUCGCUGAACGGGCUUCAGGCCAGCGGCGAGCAAACGGUGACUCAAUUGGGCUCCAUGUUGUUCACGCGCCAAGUUUCAGGAGCCAGGGUCGUGACGCUGGGCAAGGAGCAGACAAUCGGUGGACACACGUUCUGUGGCUUUAUGUCACAUUCAGAUGCCUACCCAUGCCCCUACCUCAACGCCGCCGCUGCCGUUGGCAUCACCCACGAGGAUGUGGCUAUGUGCAUCAAGAGACUGGACAAGUGCCUGAGGACACUGCAGAAAGAGGCACAAAGUCGCUCCCCUCUAACGCCGCCGAGUUAGACAUAAAUAUUUGUUAAUUUAAAGGGGAACUGCAAAUUUUUUGGAGUUUUGCCAAUCGUUCCCAAUCAUGAGAUACAAGAACACACAUUUUUUUUUAGGAUUAUAAAGAUUUAAAAAACGUUUGAAAAAUGCGGCUAAUGGGAAUCACCGUUGUCGCAUUCAAAGCCCUCUAAAACUACUUCAGAACCCUCUAGAAAUGUUUGAUAUACACACUGCAAGUUUAUAUAUAAUGUAGUAACACACAUGUUCAUAACAAUAUGUAAUAUGUUCAAUAUUUACUGUAUUUUGAUCAUUUUAAUCAUUUCCGGGACGGAUUUGCAUUGAUUUCUGUAUUCCUAGUAGCACACGCCUGACUUCUGGCAACAAAUGUUUGUUCCUACUUCCAAAAUCAAACACGCGGGUGUGUUUUAUUUACGACAGACUUGGUAACAGACAUCACAACGUUAUCUUUUUGAAGCUGAAUAUACUGAGUAUGAACUACUGCUUAUAAAGCGAGCACGAAAAAAGAGUGAGACGUUGGAGCACAGAGUGAGGUGAAAGCGACAACGCUAUAAAUGUGGAACUUGGAGACAAGCUAUUUCGACAUGAACGGAUUGCUUACCCAAAAUCAGCAGGAAACAUCACCGGCCAGCUGGACCAGACGAACAACUGUCCAUUGAGAGAGUCACUUUAAUAUCGACCUUGAUACACGCAGCACAGCAUGCACUCUCUGACUAGCUCAGCUGGGUUCAAACAAAACAUGAAAUGUAGACUAAUACUUUACAGUUACUGUAAUAUAAUCGUUUAUGUUUUUCAGUCAGCACAAAUUGGUGUCGUAUCGCAGUGUUGUGCAUUACAAACUCAAACGAGUUUUGUGUAGAAGCUAGCUUAUCUCUUUACGUAGCUACUUUUUACGGCUACUACCAUAGCAUGGCGAUGUGUUACUAUACUAGAAAGAGUUCCUCAGUGUUUGCUCUUACCAUAACAAUGUCGCUACAACUUAAUUAUUAUACAGGUCACGAAACGUAAAUUAAGUAUUGACGGUUUUUAAAUGCAUUUUAAAGUGAUCUAGCGGUAGAAUUGACUGCUCCCUUUAGCUGCAUUGCUAGCCAGGUAGAACAAGUCGAUUCUUACAUGUUAGAAAGAAGAAAAAUAAACUUUUGUCUUUUUGUCUCAAUGAUUGUAAACGAUCAAAAUUCCCCAAAACGUGCAGUUAUUCUCUUAUAUUAGUGUGGAUGUGCUUUAAUUGAGCAAAAUGCAUACAAAAUCAUGGUCUCCACAAUUAUGUUUUAUUCAGAGCAAUCUUCUUAUUCUUUCAAUGACUCUGCUGAUAAUAUUCUUACUACUAAUCAUGAUGACAGUAUUUUUAGCAGUGUUUUCGACAAACUGGAGGAAAAAUCCCAACCGCAAUUAAAAAUGUGGCCUGUGACUGAAGGCCCGCUGUUUUGAUUUCUCCAAUCAGUGCAGGCAGUGUCCCUCACCUUUUGGUUUUCAAAGUUGUACAUAGUGAACAAAGUCUGUAUCUUAGAGAAGUAUCAUGAAAUAAAUGAUGAGGGUCGGAGAGCAGAA